UCCUUGUAUAAUCCAUAUCCAUCCCUUACUAAAGGAAGCAGUAAGGAUUGCUAAGGUAGUUACAAAAGAUUAGACAUGGAUUCAACAAGGAUUAGAGACAUGAGCCGCUUAACAGUAGUAACCGUUUUUUUUUUUAAUUUGGAAUUGUGUCGUUAUUGCACAGGAACAUGGAUAUGUUUUUAAUGCUGCAUUCCACCGCGAGCUUUAAAUUCCGUUCGAAAAAAGAAAAUAUUAGAGUAACAAUCGUACAAAUGUAUGCGUCUCUCUACUAAACCUUCAAAUUUCUAUAUUUUGGUAUUUUUAAAUAGAUAAUAUCGAAGUGUUCCAGUUUAUGGAGCAAAGUAAAUCGACCAAAAAUCUCAGAACAAAUAAAAGCAAUUCUGGGAGGUCAGCUAAAAUACCCGGUAGUGACUAGAUGGAACUCGCUAUACGACUCCCUAAGAUCGUUACGCUCGCAUAAGCAAAAAAUUAAUGAUCUAUGCGAAACAUUCCAAAUAAAUAAGUUUUACGAAAAUGAAUUCGAUUACUUAGAUGAGUAUAUGGAGGUAUUAAAGCCUUUAGGUGAUGCAGUUGAUUUUUUGCAAGGCGAUAAAAAAAUGGUAUAUGGUUACCUUUUGCCGACGCUCGCAACUAUUUUUACAAAGUACAAUAAUUUAAUAAAAGCUGAAAGACUCGUAUAUUUUUGCCAAAUAGUUUCCUCUUUGACUGACGCGAUAAAAGAAAGAUUUAAGAAAUACUUCGAACUUAAGGAAGAUGUGAGUGAUGCUAUAACUGCCUCUGCAUUAUGCCCCGAUGUGAAACUUCAAUGGGUUAAUGCUCUUAAUCCAGAAUUCAGCGACGCGAAAGUAGCGGAAUUGAGCAAUAUGGUCAGAAAAAUUAUUUCAACUGAGUGUGCCAAGGAUAUAAUUCCUACAACUGUUAGCAUAUGUGAACGUGCAAACUUUUUCGACUUUGGACGCAAAAAUGAAGUCACGCCGUCUGCUAAUGUUAUUAGUCAGUCGCAAAGAGAAUACUGCAAUUAUAUCUCAGACCCAAGCACUGAUAUUGAAAU